AAAGCUUCCAACACACAAUCCACAACACAGCUUGGGAACUCAAAAGCUACAGAUCUAGCCACUCAACCCCAAGCAUUUCAGAACCGUGUGCAUUCUCUCAGCACAAGCAAGGAAAGGGGGAAAAGAGCUAGUGCAGAGUACUGAAAGGCAGCAUUUAAAAGUGCAACUACCUGCUGGAAAAACAGCUCUUUUUCUUCGCCGAAGCACUGCCUUUGAUGAGGUAAAAGCAUUUAAUACAGAAGCUCUGGCAGUGUGAAAUUAAGCUACAGAAAGUCUGGCACUGGAAAACUUCAUCAGAUAACAGGGAGAAAGGUUUAAUUGUAAGAAAUGGAUGCCAAAGGAUUACAAGGAGAUGAUAAACUGAAGAUGCUCGUAAUUUUAUUAGCAUAUUUGCUUAGUAGGGUAAUUUGUGAGACUGGAGACUGCAGAGAGCAAGAAUUUAGGGACCAGACUGGAAACUGUAUCCUCUGCAAACAGUGUGGGCCUGGAAUGGAACUCUCAAAGGAAUGCGGCUUUGGAUAUGGGGAGGAUGCACAGUGCAUGACAUGCAGGCCAAACAGAUUCAAGGAAGACUGGGGCUUUCAGAAGUGCAAACCUUGUCUGGAUUGUGCAUUAGUUAACCGGUUUCAGAAGGCCAACUGUUCUGCCACCAGCAAUGCACUAUGUGGAGAGUGUUUACCAGGAUUUUAUAGGAAGACUAAGCUUGGAGGCUUUCAAGACAUGGAGUGUGUUCCUUGUGGUGAUCCUCCUCCUCCCUAUGAGCCUCACUGUACCACCAGGGUAAAUCUUGUGAAGAUCCCUUCAACUGCUUCCAGUCCCCGAGACACUGCCCUGGCAGCUGUUAUAUGCAGUGCACUUGCAACAGUGCUCUUGGCUCUCCUCAUUCUUUGCGUUAUCUAUUGUAAGAGGCAGUUUAUGGAGAAGAAACCAAGCUGGUCUCUGAGAUCACAAGACAUUCACUACAAUGGCUCUGAAUUAUCAUGUUUUGAUAGACCACGGCUAAAUGAAUUUGACCACAGAACAUGUUGCCAAUGCCAAAGAAACACAUCACAGACAUGUGGACCAGUUCACUUGAUUCCAUCCCUGUGCUGUGAUGAAACCUGUAGCAUGGGUCACAGCUGUGCUUUCCACUCACAGACCACACUUAAUGAAAGAGCUGCUGAUUCUGUUGGAGAAAUGAUUCCUGCUUUCCUUGGUUCUCUUUCACACUCUGCCUGUGGAGACAUUCCAGAUGCUUGGCCUCUUAUGCAAAACUCAGCUUGUUGUGACAGUAUUUCUAUCUGUGAAUCAUAUUCAGAACUGGCUGGAGGAUCUGCAAAAUCCUGCAGCCCUGAGACUGAAAAUGCAGCCACUGCUGAGUUGGAUAAUAACCAGGAAAUAAGUGAAGUACUUAUUUCAGCGAAGUCUCUUGAUGGAAAUGUUGCAAAGUCCUUUGAAAUCUCCAAACACAGUACAUGCAUAGAAGUUUCAUCACUUCAGAACUUGGUGACUGCUGAAACCCAGCCAAAGACAAAGUGUAAUGGAACAACAAAUGACUCUACAGAUUGAUAAAGAGGAACCCAGGAUUUUUCUCUCAGAACUAAAGCUGAAUGCUUCCCUUAUGCUCCUCUGCUGAUUUUCAUCAAACAUAGUCUGGUCUUCAGUGUUGCAUGCUUUCAAAACCAGCUGGAAAAAAAUGGCAUCACUUCACACCUUCUGAGCAGUUGUAUUGGAGGUGUAACAGCUGUAAAGUGAAACUUCAAAGAGCAUCCUAGGAGAACCCUCAAAGUGGAUUUAUGACCUUUUGCAUCUCUUCUUCUUUUCCCUCAGAUUCUCAAAACAUGUAGUGGAGUGAGCUUAGUAGUGUAUGUAAAUACAGCAAAAAAUAUAAAUACUUGAGUGUGAUUAGGUGGGUCUCUUAAAUAUGGCUACAGGAGUCAGAAGGCGUGGGACAAGAUGUUGCCAGUUAUUCUGCUUGCAGAUUUAUGCAUGCAUUAAAAUUCUUUUUUCUGCUGGUUCUAAUUUUAAAUCAUUUUCCUGCUAUUGAAGGACGUAAAAAAUAAACAUUUCUAUUUAUGCAAGGAUCAUCUAUUGAUAAACUGAAGCUUUUAUUAUAUAUUACAUUAUAGUCAAUAAGCUAGUUUGGGGAGUUAAAGAAUUAGCGUGUUACGGUUAAAGUCCCCUUCAUCCAAUUAUUACAUUUAUGGGAGGUCACAUUGUUCUGUUAAAUAUAGCAGGAGAUUAUCUUUAAAUUAGUUUUAGUUUAAUGAAGGUCAGACAUAUAGAUAGGGAUGUUGUGUUUAAUUGGUAGUCUCAGUAUUUGAAUACAGCACUUGUUGUUAUAGCACGUAAUUUUUGGAUGUUGAAAUAAAUGUAAUCAACUGUCACAUCAAAAUUUCCAACUAUAGCAGGUGUCCCAUGAAAGUAUUAAUACAGUGAGACUGUUAAUAAGAUUUUUUUUAUUAAUGCUUUCUUUUUAAAGGUCAAGCUUCAUGGUGACCUAAUUCGUUCAUUUAGGAGUCCCUGUUUCAUUCAUGGCACUCUGUCCUUCUCACUGUAGUAUUGUGUCAAUUCAAAUUUUCCACACUAAAUAUAAAACCUGAUUCAUAACUUUUUUUAAAAAAAUACCUCUGAAUUAAAUCCUCGAAGUUGUGUGUAUGCCUAGUAAAUUAUCAACUCUCUGCAGUCAGUGCUGUAAUUCUAAGAUUUUUUUAACAGCUAUUUGUCAUACCACAUCCCAUAAUACCAUUUUUCGCAGCCAUUUUUAUCCUUAAGAUAGUUUUUGCUUCUGUGGGUAAUCCCAGUAACCUCUACUGAUUCAUUACAUUCAACAGGCUCAAACUUGCCAGUGAUGAACUCUAGCAAUUAUUCCUUUCAAAUACCCAGUGUGCCUUGACAAAAGUAAAGCAAUCAGCAAAACAGAUGCAAAUUUGCAAUAAAUAUUACUCAUCUUUCCACACAUGGUUUGUGUGGCAAUGGAAAUGUUGAGACAGUAUUCAUAAUCCAUUAUGGAGAAAGACUUUUGCUUUGAAGCAUACAGUAGAAGGUUGGACCUUCCUGCACAGGAAUAGCUAAAGCCAGUACAGGCAGCCAUGGCAGGGAGAUGCUUCAGCUCUUCACCCGUGAGAUUAUUCAUGUUUGCAAAAGUCAUGAAUAACAGUUAUCAAGCGCAAACCAAAGUAAGUGAAGAAGUUACAUGAUUUUUUUGUUGUUGUUUGGUUUGGUUUUUUAAGUAGUGAAUACCAUCAUUUGGUCACUGAUGGAAUAAUGUGCAGUUAUACAGUACAAUUACUCAGCUAAUUACUUUCAAGUAUAUAUUUAAAUACAAGUAGUUUUGAAUAAUUUCUUUGUAGACUUUCAUACAUUAAAGAAAUUACAAAAUAUUAUUUUUCACUACAUGUGCAUGAAGAGAUGUGUGCUUCUUUGUAUAUACUUUGUAAAUAAAAAAAAAUCCAACAUGCAUUUCAGUAUAUGGCAAAAUAUUUUUGAACAUAUGCAGAUUUCACCUUUCACUAAUAACAGUUCUUUAAAAAGCUAUGUUCAAAAGUUUUGCCAGCAUCUGCCACAGUAUGUUUUCCAAUUGGAAUUUAAACUUUAUAUAAUUGCUUUUGUCCAGUAACUCUAGAGAAAGAUACUCAUUUUUUUUAAAUGAGUGACAGAUAGCAUGAGAGCAAAUUGGGAGGAAAAAAAUUUAGAGAGUCUUUUUAAAUAUAUGUGUAUAUUAUGUAUAUACUUUUUUCCUUAAUUUAACCAAAUUGGUCUUUUGUAUAUUGCCUGUGGCAAGCAAUGUUGUACAUGCCAAUAGAAAACAUACACUAUCACUGCAUUUAGACUGCCCACAUAUCACAUCUAGGGACUUACAGUGCUGUUUGAAAUACUUCUUUAACAAAUGUAAAUUAAAAUCUUGUAUAAAUCGUUUUGUAAUACUUUUUCUACUUGUGAAUAAAAUGUUACAUGAACCAGU